AUGCAAGGGCUGAGGUGGGCUCUGUGCUCACUUCUCUGCCUCUCUGUCUGGGAUCAAAGUUACUGUCGGACCCCCAGGGAAGCCCACAGGAGCAGGGAGCCAUCCCUGCAGCGGAGGAAACGGUCUCCCAUUGAUCCUGAUGCAAAAAAAUGUUCUUAUACAUUCUUGGUUCCAGAGCAGAGGAUCACAGGGCCGAUCUGUGCCAGCACCACCGGCCCGGAGCCAGACAAGGACCGAGUGACUCGUAUGGACAUUGCAGAUGUGCGGGAAGUACUCAACAAACAGCGGCGUGAGAUUGAAACCCUGCAGCUGGUGGUGGAUGUGGACGGGAAUUUGGUGAAUGAGAUGAAACUGCUCAGAAAGGAGAGCAGGAACAUGAACUCCAGAGUGACCCAACUCUACAUGCAGCUGCUGCAUGAGAUCAUCCGCAAACGGGACAACUCUUUGGAACUGGCCCAGCUGGAAAACCGCGUCCUGAAUGUAACCUCAGAGAUGAUGCGGCUUGCCUCCCGCUACAGGGAGCUAGAGGCGCGCUACUCUAAUAUGGCCGCUGUAGUCAACAACCAGUCUGUACUCAUCACUGCACUGGAGGAGCAGUGCAUGAGGACUAUUGGGCGCAGUGAGCUGCCUGUUGUUCCACCGCUGGUCCAGGUGGUCCCCCAAAACAUACCCGUCAAUAAUCGCCUCAACAAUGAGAUACCAAGAGUUAACAGGGCCUUUACCCGGGGGUCCCGAAAGAACUCUCCGACGGCAACUCCUUUAGGAGACAAUCCUGCUCCAGAUGGCACUCUCACCUCUGAUGGUCCAUUCAAAGACUGCUACCAGGUGCGUCAGGCUGGAUACAGCACCAGUGGGAUGUACCUGCUGAAGACUGAGGGCAGUGAGCGGCUCAUACAGGCCUGGUGUGAGCACAACCUGGACAAUGGGGGUUGGACUGUGCUACAGCGCAGGAAAGAUGGCUCUGUGAAUUUCUUCAGGAACUGGGACAACUACAAGGCAUGUAACAGGCAUAAAACCAUUUAG